AAAAUCUAGAGGGUUUCUUCAAAGGAGGCUAAUUUUGGAUAAGGUGGCAAAUCUGUAGUGUUAGUGACAGCAGUGAGAAAUUGUGCAUCAAUUAUUGAGGAAUCAGUAAACAACAGAUCGACUUCACAUUAGAAAUGAAGAUUAUUCAGCUGCUUGUGGUGGUUGCCGCGGUGUUGACAGCGGCGGCGGGUGCACCGGCGGUCACGCCGGGCACUCUCCGGCGCCUUAACCGUGAGGAGGGGGCCGCCAGUAAGCGGAGGAGCAUCGAAAUCACGCACCCGUACGUGCCCGGAAGCAUGCCUGUAGACCCAAGCCACCCUCAGGGCCUCCCCUCUUUCUCUGUGCCACGCUCGAGCAUCAAGAAUGGGGAGAUGGCCAACACGAUGGAUUUCACGUUGAACUCCCACUGGGGUACCCACCUGGACGCUCCGGGGUACCUCAACCAGACCCUCCUGGAACAAGGCCGCGACAUCGACUCUCUCAAUCUCGACACCUUGUCCGGGCCUUGCUGGGUGGUGGACACUCCCCGGGGAAAGAACAUCACUUCCGAGGUGAUGGAGGGCCUGGGCAUUCCCCGAGGAGUGGAACGGGUCCUCUUCAAAACACUGAACACCGACCGGAAGUUGAUGAACCAGCCGCGGUUCGAUCCUAGCUACACGGCGUUCACCCCGGACGGUGCUCAGUAUCUCGUCUCCAACACCGACAUCAAACUUGUUGGCAUUGACUACCUGUCCGUCGGUGUUGGAGUGGAGGAGGACUCCAUUGCCGUCCACCGCACAUUUCUUAACACUCUAGAAAUAAUUCCAGUGGAGGGUUUAAAGCUGGACGAGGUAGAACCUGGGGUGUACGAUGUUGAUUGUCUGCCGUUGAGCAUACCCACGUUGGAUGGGUCGCCUGCCCGGUGCAUAUUGGCCACGGUUGGGUCUUCUGGGUCCUCGUCUUCGCCCGGUCUCCUCGCCGUUUUCUUUUUGCAAUUUGUCACGUGUUUUUUAUUUUUUGCUUAGGCUAGUUUAAGAGAGUAUUAACUUGGGUUCAUUGAUGUAUAUUUUUUUAAUUAAAGGAAUUGUCAUUUGUAUUCCUUAAUUACCCUUUGAUUAGUGAAUUUAACGUGAUGUCACUUUGAUAAAAGUAUUGUGAAGCAUUUUGUUUAUUUCUCCAAGGGUUGUGUUGAAUACAGAAAACUCCUACCCUAUUUAUAAGCCAAGAAUCCAAAUCCUAGAAGGAAACCAGUAAACUAGGAAACACAGAGUACAAGACCAAAAUAAACUAGGAAAUCACUU